UGUAGUUUUAUACAUACAGACUCGGUCUGCAAAGAGCGGCGGCCACCCUUUAUCGAUAAGCCGAAAGCCCGACCUCGGCCAUUGACGGAUAGAUGCGCCCGCACUCGAGAAACUGUGACUCCUCUCAUUCCCCUCACAAAUGGUUGCGCUUGUUUUCUGAACAUCACGCCGUGGGCGGAGUGCACCCGAGUAUAAUUGGUACGGGGACUUUACCAACUCAAUCCUUCCUGGAACAGCCGCAAUCCACCAACUACAACCAACCCUACUCUACCAACCAACUCUCUAAUCUCGGAAUGACCACAACUACCCCAUCCUCACUGCUCUCCCUCCUCCCAUCCACCUUGCACCUCUCCCAUCUCCACACCCUCAUCGCCCUAUCCCUACUCCUCCUCUCCCUCAUCUACAUCCUCGUCUCCCGCCCCGCUCGCGCUCCUCCUUCGCCAUCAUCUACCUCGCACCUCACCAUCUCGCACAUCCCACCAGCCCACCCCCUCGCCCCAUACACCUCCCUCUGGAUCUCCACCAUCCGCUUCCGAGGCCGCGAGAAUCGGACGCUGAAGGAGGCACAUGAUCGAUUGGGACCCGUGGUGCGCUUGGGCCCGAAGGAGGUGAGUGUGAAUUGUGUGCGGGGCGGGAUUAGGGAGGUGUACGGGGGUGGGUUUGAGAAGGGGGAUUGGCUGGAGGGAUAUAACUGGUAUGCUUUCUUUGGGAAUUAUGGGGGAGUCCCCAACAUGUUCUCCACGCCGGACAACAAGACGCACUCACGUCGCAAACGCAUGAUCAGCAACAUCUACAGCAAGUCCGUCGUCACCACCUCUCCCUACCUAAAAGCUCAAAUCUCCACCAUCCUCUACAACCGCUUCCUGCCCUACCUCUCUGCCACCUUCUCUGGGGACCGCAAUCCCAGUGAUGCAAAACAAGAGCCAGGCGUCCUGAACAUCUCUCCACUCCUCUAUGCAACGACCAUGGACAUCGUCACGGGCUACAUCUUCGGCCUAUCAUCAAGCUCAAACCUCAUCGACAACCCCGACGAGCUGUCCCGGUUCCUCAGCUUGUAUAACUCGCGCCGCUCCUACAACUUUUGGCCGCAGGAGUAUCCACGGCUGACAACUGCACUGCGCAAGUGGUUUCGUUACCGAUUAUCUCCGCAAUGGGUAGACGACGCGAACGAUGAAAUCGAGAAGUGGACCGAAGCCAUGUGCGAUGGUGCGGCGAGGGUGCUCGAGCAGUCAGACAUCAAGCCCGAGGAUGUGCCAGUAGUGUAUCAACAGCUAUCCACAGCGCUGGCUAAGGAGGCAAAGAAGAGCGGACUUGACAAUCUCGAGAGGAAGUACGAACUCGCGUCCGAAGUGCUGGACCAUCUAGCAGCAGGUUUUGACACGUCGGGUAUAACUCUGACCUACGUAAUUCAUGAGCUCUCGAGGAAUCCAGAGAUCCAAGAGAAGUUGCGAGCGGAAUUGCUCACGUUAUCACCCCCACUGGUCCCGUCUUCUACACCGAGCCUACCAGAUGCAAAGGCCGUUGACUCUCUACCCCUUUUGCAUGCCGUAAUCUGGGAAACGUUGCGUCUACACUCCGCGAUACCGGGUCCGCAGCCGCGCUUUACCCCUCCACAAGGCUGUCGUCUGGGUCCUGAUGACAAGAGCUACUAUGUUCCGGGCGGUGUGCGAGUGAGUGCAAGCGCCGGACUACUCCAUCUGAACGAGGAUGUGUAUGAGCGGGCUUCCGAGUGGAGACCGCAGCGGUGGCUGGAAGACGUUCCAGAUGAGAAGAGGAAAGAUAUGGAGAGUCGAUGGUUCUGGGCUGGUGGACAGUGGCGGCAGAAUGUGUGUUGGCAGCCACCUUGCGAUUUACCGUAAGUGCUGCCCCUCCUCUUGACGUUUGUGUCUCCGGUGAAAGGGAUAUUUUCGUCAAAGGUGUCCUCGUUCUGCUGUGCUGAUACACUGCCGUAGAAA